UGUUUGAGUCACAAAAUUAUGCGUUCCUGUCAUAGAAAUACGAACUAUAACUUCAUGAAUAUUUUUGUUUCAUGAAGUAUCAACAUGAAAAAUGACACAGAAGUCACCACAUUUGUACUGAAGGGCUUCACAGACAAUCGUGAAUUUCAGGUCGUCUUAUUUUUUCUAUUUCUAGCAAUCUACCUCUUUACUCUGAUAGGAAAUUUAGGACUGGUUGUAUUGGUCAUUGUGGACUCCCAGCUCCACAAUCCCAUGUACUAUUUUCUAAGUGUGUUAUCUUUCUUGGAUGCCUGCUAUUCCUCAGUAAUUACCCCAAAUAUGUUAGUGGGUUUGAUGUCAAAGAAUAAAGACAUUUCAUUCCUUGAAUGUGCAACACAAAUGUUUUUCAGUGUUAUUUUUGGGACUACAGAAUGCUUUCUCUUGGCAGCAAUGGCUUAUGAUCGCUGUGUAGCAAUCUACAACCCACUUCUCUAUUCAGUUAGUAUGUCACCCAGAGUCUAUGUGUCACUCAUCACUUCUUCAUAUGUUGGUGGUAUUUCACAUGCUACUUUACACACAGUAGCAACUUUUAGCCUCUCCUUCUGUGCAUCCAAUGAAAUCAGACAUGUCUUUUGUGAUAUCCCUCCACUGCUUGCUAUCUCCUGUUCUGAUACUCGCAUCAACCAGCUUCUACUCUUCUACAUUGUGGGUUUUAUUGAGAUAUUCACCAUCCUGAUUGUCCUGAUCUCCUACGGUUUCAUUUUGUUAGCCAUUCUGAGAAUGCGACCUGCUGAAGGAAGACGAAAAGUAUUUUCCACUUGUGGCUCUCACCUAACUGGAGUGUCAAUUUUUCAUGGAACAAUCCUUUUCAUGUACGUCAGACCAAGUUCCAGCUAUACUCUGGAUCAUGACAUGAUAAUGUCAAUAUUUUACAGUGUUAUGAUACCCAUGCUGAAUCCCAUUAUCUACAGUUUGAGGAACAAAGAUGUAAAAGAAGCAAUAAAGAAAGUGUUUGGGAGAAAUUGGCUUAUCAAUAAACUAUGUUUUUAG